UGCAAUUUGCCUCUACUUAAUCUUGGGAAUUUCGGAGGAAUCUGUAUUUCUAUGGCCACCACCGGAAAUUGCCCUUCGUUUGCCUACGCAGCUCAUAAUCCAAAGGAGGAGGAAACACGACUUUUUUUUGGGGCAAGAAACAAGGACGAACUUGCUACGGCUGUUGCUGAUGAUGAUGAUGUUUCCGCUGGCUGACAUUUAACGCGCAUUUAACUAAUUUCGUUUUAAAUUGUUGACAAUUAAGGGGAAUUGCCAAGACGAAUCGAGAGCAGAAUGGAGGAGGUCCUUCCUCGUUUUUUCCCCCAGCGAACACCACGUGCCAUGUCGCAGUUAAUUUGUUGGCAAUAAGUUGGAGCACCAGGCCUAAUUACAACAACACGCACGACAUGACGACAUGACUGCGAAAUUUUCAUUAAAAUCGCCCCGUACUCGCAAGCACAAUGCCAGUUGCAAUGGAGUCCUUGGAUCAGAAGCCCUUCCGCUUGGCGCCGGGUCGAGCUGCCUGGUGGAUACCCAAUCCCGGCAGGGUAGCACGUUACCCACCCAUCGCCACACUGACAUCCAACCACUUACCUGGAACUUCCGCGGAGGAUACGCGAAAAUUGUCAUUUGCCGCUGCUUUAAAGGAUUUGCUGCAGAACCUGUCGUUCCAUUGUUACAGCAAAUUAGUGGAGUCGGGUCGGCGGAUUCAGGAGCGUUUCUUUUGGUUCGUUUUCCACAUAACCGCGCUGAGCGUCCUAAUUGCAUUCCUCUGGGGCAGCUACACCAACGAGCAGGAGGUCCUGGUGACCACCAUGUACCAUCCGAUGUACCCCAUUUGGAAGGUGGAGUUCCCGGCCAUAUCUGUGUGCAGCCUGAACCGCAUCUCCCAACGUGCCGCUUGGCAAUACGCCCACAAUCUAAGUGGCAAAGAUCCGAAGCUGCGCAAUGCCAGCUAUUUCUACGACCAGCUGAAGGCCUUCAUGUACAUGUACUACGAUCCCUCGGAUCUGAUGGACAUAGACAAUGCUCUUCGCUUCCAGAGCUUCCUGGACCGAUUCGAUACGGGCGAAAAGGACCUGUUCUUCAAUACCAGAAAGCGCAUGAGAGCUCUCACCCCGAACUGCAGUGAUAUGUUCGUGAGCUGCAGAAUUGCAGGACGUUUGUUCAACUGCAUGGAUAAGUUCGAGACGACUCUGACCAGUCAUGGCUUCUGCUGCACCUUCAACUACGAUGGCAAAUAUGUAAACAAAAGGGACUUUAGGCAGCGCUACUUUGGACCCGACAUGGGCUUGGUUCUGACUCUGAAAACGGACCCCAAUGACAACUUCUACAAGAUCAAUGGCCACAACGGGUUUGUGAUCUCCAUUUACGAGCCGCACAGCUAUCCGGAUCCCUUCUCCGGCGGAGUGGCAGAGCGCGUGGCCGAGACGGGCUUUAACACCUUGCUGCCGGUGAGGGCCAAGAUCUUUGAGACGCUGCCCGAAGCGCGUAGUAUGAGUCCAUCGGUGCGCAAGUGCCUGUUCGAGAACGAGAUGCCGUGGAUCUUCGCCCGGCACUACACCUUCAGCAAGUGCAUCUCCGCCUGCCGGGCCCAAAGUGUGGUCAGCCUGUGCGAGUGCGUUCCCUUCAGCCUGCCCCACAGAUACAUCGAUGGCUGCGAGAAGCGGAUCUACUGCACUCUGCAGCACCUGGCCUGUCUCAAGCGCUACGAGUUCAAGUGGUUGAACGUCAUCACCAGUCGCGAGAACGUGACGGGUCUGGAGCACGAGCUGCAGGACGCCCUCUACUGCCCACUCUGCCUGGCCUCCUGCACGGAGACGCGCUACAGCGUCCGGGGAGCCAUGACACUGGGCCUGCCCACUCCCACUCCCAGCCAGAUCAAGGGUCCUGCGCGAAGCAAUCCCGGACCGCGUGCCAAUAACAGUUACGGCCCAGCAUUGAGUUCCGGAUCCGGAAGGGGCCCAGUCCACGGCUCAUCCUCCCCCGCCGAGCUGGCCGUGGUGCGUAUUUACUUUGCCGAAACGCACAUUCAAUACUUUCGCCAGAUUAUUAAGUGCGCCUGGUACGAGACCUUCAGUACAAUUGGCAACAUCUGCGGCAUUAUAGCCGGUUUCUCGCUGAUUGGCAUCUGCGAGCUCCUGUUUUUUCUAGCCAAACAAUUAUGGCAGGCAUGCCGCGCAGAGCUGCGGGCCGAGCUCGCCCACAUCCACGUCCAAAUCCGGACGCAGGUAGCGGAACCGGAAACGGAAGCAGAGGCGGAGGCGGAGUCGGAGCGGCCGAUGAAGUUGUUUAUACUGCCGUAAUUGAGCGAGAUGCAUCGUUAACUUUAAAGCCCACUGAUUUUUAUGCACAUCCUUCGGACCCUACAUACUAUGUGCUACAUAUAUGUGUACCUUUCAAGCAACUUGAGUGCACUUACUUUGCAUUGCCAUUGUCGCAUAAAAAUAAACAGAACUCACGUACGAUUGCCAAUUGGCGAGCUUUGCUGGUUGCCAAAAAGGCCCAGACGGUGACAUUAGCGCCGGCCAGUUGCCACAUUUCCCGGCUGGCCAGUUGCCCGAAUGGGGCAGGGGUCACUCGACCAGUUAUGGGCCACAGAUUCCGGAGCUCAGGCGAAGAAAAAAGAUGUCCUGUGAAAGGGUGUCUAUAAG